AUCCUGAUCAAUUAUCCUCAUCUUUCCCAUUCAACCCUUCAAACAGUUGGAAAAUGAAGGCUCCAUCGUGCACUUCAUGUCGGUUGAGGAGAAGGAAGUGUGACAAGCAAACGCCUAUAUGUGGAUCAUGUAAAGAGCUAGGAAUACCUGCUGACUUGUGCACUUAUAAAAUCUUGAAGACUAACACCAAAGUGAAGGAUUUGAGAACCAUUCUUGAUGAUUCAAAAUUGAAGAACCAAAAGCUCAUCACGGAGAAACUUGUGCUGAAGAAAGCUUUAGAAGACAAGAAAAGAGAAAUACGAGAACAGUGCACAGCAAUCAAAAGAGAGACUGGUUCCGAUAAACACGACCAAUAUGAAGUUAACCCAGCGAACGUUGGAUCCGUACAUCAUAUGAGUACGCCAACGAGCCAAAUAAGUGAAGUGAGGUCUACUAGUCGAAGCCCUUUUGUUGUUUCUCGGAAGAAACCACACGGCGAUUCAAUUUCCUGGGCUUCGUUGAUGUCUAUGGAACCAAAGAUGAAAGUUUUAUUAUCACAAAUUGAUCGUGUUAUUAACGAGCAAAAAACUCAGCUUGAAUCGUCGAAAAGAGAAUUGAAAGAUCCAUUAAAGAAAGCUUCAAAGCUAUCACAUUUAAGAACAACGGGCAUAGCUCAUGCAUUGGAACUUGACAAUACUGAUAUUUGCGCGGACAUACAUGAAUUGUUGGAGGAGAUUCAAACACACUUACCUGAAAAAAAGACUUGGGAUAGAGUUUUGGAAUUGCAAUUCCAUAUAGUUCCUCCUAAAUAUGUCGGUUUCUUACAUCUUGAUCAUGAUACUUAUCAAGAAAUUUUGAAUCGGUCUGUUGAAUUUGAUAAUCUUGGAAAUCCUUCGUUAAAUAUUACAUUACCUCAAGAAGCUGACAAGCUAAGGGAUUUGGGAUUCUUGAUAUCGUACCUCAUAUUUACAGCUUAUCAUACUACACAGGUUAUUGGUGAAAGUUUCCCGAUGAGUCCAGUUAUGUGCUCCAGAUAUUCAGAGACUUUGUUAUGGUAUCAUAGAAUUAUGAGCGUCAAAUUGGGAAAUUUGGAAGAUGCUCAAAUCACUCCAGAAUACUUACAAGCCUUGAUUUAUAAUGAAAUAUUCAAUAGGUACACUCCACAUGGAGAAUAUAUCCCAAGAAGCUAUGAAGAUAAUGCAUUUUGUAUUAGAAGAUUGGUUAGUAUUGGUCGUGUGUUGUAUUUGAACCAAAAUGUUGAUCAAGUUUACAUGAACAGGAGUGAGGCUUAUAGAAGUAGUUUGAAAUCAACUUGGAAUUUUUUGGCGUUCUUUGAUAUUUUGGAAUCAUUGGACAAUGGCUUUCCACCAAGCAUUAAACCAAAUGAACUUGUUAGAUACCAAAAUUUUUCUGACAGAUACACAGAAUCAUUAAUCGUGUUGAACAAAGUACUACAUACAUACAUCAAACUACAAUGCAAGGAAUACAAUGAUGCAAAAUUUAUCCAAUCUAUUGAAAAUGAUUGCAUUGGUGAGCUUCAAGAACUUUUAGCCACGGAAUAUCGUCCUUGGGACCAGGAUUAUCAGCUCUUUAUGAGCUUUACAUUUGAAGAUAGCUCUCGGUCAAGAGAGUUUACUUACGAAUCUGCGUCAUUCAACAUGAGAUUCACUAUCUAUUCAACAAUUCAAAUUUUCUACUUUUUGUGUUUUGAAAAAGCUUCCAAGUCAGAAAUAUGCUCUUCAAAGCUUGCAAGAAGAUUGGAAAUCCUUAGUUUGAAAUAUUCAUAUCUGCUAGUGUUGUUGAUCAAUGCUUAUUUUGAAAUUUAUGACAAGUUGAUUACUCUACCCAAGAGCUCUGAAAAUGGUGUCCUGGAAAUGAUGCUGGCUACUUUCCCACAUUUGAUUUUAGCGUUGAGAAAAUUACAAGUUUGUGCGGGUGCCAAAAUAUUCAGAAGUAUUCCAUUGCGAAACGUUUCCGCUGUCAAAACAUUUUUGAAUGGUACUAAGAUUGAUGAAGAGGCAUUUUUGAGAGAAGUGGGUGAGAAAAAGCAAAGCUACAAAGAACUCUUUACUAUUGGGGAACUGUCCGAUAGUAGUCUUGAUAAAGAUGAUGACAAAAUUGCUGCAAAGUAUUCACCAUUGAUGGACUUCAAGUUUGUCAUAUAUGUUGCUGGUGCUAUAACAGGAGAGUUGGCGGAAAGAAUGUUUUCUGAAAAAUCAAGUUUGAGAAUGGUUAAAUUGAAUCAUGUUUUCUUUUAUUUGUUGAAGCUAUCCAGUUUUUUCAUGAAUUGCUCAUUCUAUUCAGACGGAACUCCAAUUGAAAAUCAUAAAAAUUACAUCAAAGGACUUCAUCGAAUCAAGCCUCAAGAUUCAACGUCUUUUAGUACUGAGUUCGACUUUCAAAGAUUGUUUGAAGAGGCUAUAAAUACAAAUUCAGAAUCGUUUGAUUUUAGUGGAUUCUUCAAUAUUUCCAACGGGCCUUUCCAAAAUAGUGAUAUUGAUGAGUUUUUGUCAGGCUAUCCUUCAUUCCACAAUGACUUUGGUGGUAUAUGA